GACGAAGGAAUUUGUGAGGAACCGAAAGCAGUGGAGGGCAGCUAACGUGAGAGGAAGGAGCCUCGGCAGACAGCAAGGGUUACACAUGAGAAGUCUGAGGAGGGAAUCAAACAAAGCAAACAGGGUGCAGGGAGAGAAAGAGCAGGUAGAGUUGGUUGGAUUUCCAGCUUACCUCACAGCUAAUUACUACUUUCUCACUGUGGUGAAGGAAAAGCAAACAGAAACUAAGUCAGAGAAAACUGCAAACAGAAAGGAUAGAAGAAGAAGGUAGGAGAGGAAAAAGCAGAAGUAACAAAGACAGACGUUAAAAAAAAUAGCAAAUAAUUGAGGAAGAGAAAUAAAUAAAGUAGAAAGAACAGGCUUUGAGGAGGGAGCGAGGCGAGGAAGGCAAGAAAACAGCAGAUACUCAUUGACAGAGAGGACUGGACUAACUCCAUGGAUUACUGACAUCAGCAAAACAAAGGAAGAGGACCGUCAGAAAAAAAAAAGAGGUCACUGCAGUCCAGCAAUAGUGUAGCCUGCCUGAGCCUGUCUACAAUGCAACCAAGACAGCUGAGAUAGACAGACACAAGCACAGACACAGUUCAUAAAGACAGUCCUCUGUGUAACUGCACCAUGUUGAUGAAAGAGUACCGCAUAUGUAUGCCACUCACUGUGGAUGAGUACAGGAUCGGGCAGCUGUAUAUGAUCAGUAAGCACAGCUGUGAGCAAAGUGGUGGAGGAGAAGGGGUGGAGGUGGUGACGAAUGAAACGAAUAUUCACCCCCAGCAUGGACAGGGACAGCUGACCGAGAAGAGAAUCUACCUCAGCAGUAAACUGCCAUCCUGGAUUAAAGCGUUUGUCCCUCGUUUCUUCUAUGUGACAGAAAAGGCCUGGAACUUUUAUCCAUACACAAUCACAGAGUACUCAGUAUCAUUCCUCCCCAAAUUCACCAUCCGUAUUGAGACGAGAUUCGAGAACAACAACGGCGAUAACAGCAAUGUGUUUGGGGACACUCCAACCCCGGCAAAGAAUGUGAGUUUCCUGGAUAUCCUGAGUGACCCCAUCCCGGAAAAGCACUACAAAGAGUCAGAGGACCUGAGUCUUUGGCAGUCCAGCAAAACUGGCCGGGGGCCUCUGGGAAAAGGCUGGAGAGAGGAGCACAAGCCUGUUAUGUGCUCCUAUAAGAGGGUGCAGUGCAGCUUUGAGGUGUACGGCUUCCAGACCAGGACUGAGGAGUUCAUCCACAGAAACAUUCAGGACAUUCUUCUGGUUGGCCACAGGCAAGCUGUAGCGUGGAUAGAUGAAUGGCAUGGCCUGAGCUUGGAGGAGGUGAGAGAGUUUGAGCAGGCGAUGCAAGAGAAGACCAACAGCAAACUCAAAUCAAGCCAGAACAACGCAGGCCCGGCAGCUGCCCCUCGUCCUGUUUUUUCUCGCUCCAUCUCAGUGACAGACGAGCGUUCCCUGAAGAAGAUGGGAGUGACGACAACGGCAAUGUCUGACCCCUCUCCCUCCUCUGGGCCUCAAACUCCUGUUCGCCUCAACUCCACCCCAGAAUAAUGACACACACACACACGCACACACACAAACACACACACAUACUGUUUUCACACAGAAUCCCAUGUCAACAGUCAACAGAGUCAUAUGAGGUUUCUCUCGGACAUCAACACACACAUGCAAACAAUGAUUUAAACAUCAUUCUACAGCCAACCGAGGAAAACAUUUGUUAACUCUUUUCGGGAGAGACGGUUGACAAAAUCUGAAAAAUUUGAAUUCGUAGCUGUUGAAUUCAAGGCAAAUGCAUUUAGCAAGUGAACUUUGAUUAGCAUAAGGACUUGAAACAAGAGAAACAGCUAGCUCGGUUAUGCGCAAAGGAAAUAAUAAUAUUCCAACUAAUAUUUCAAAAGUUCACACAAACUGUUUCUUGUUGGAUUAAUAUACACAUAAGAAUAAGUAUAAAAAUGACAUUUUGAUGGUGGUUAAUUAUCCAUCCCCUAAAUUACCGUAAUUACUAAAUUGAUGUUUUAAACAUCAAAACCAAACAUUAAUAAAUCAUCUGCUGAUGUACUAAUGGGGGAAUUUUGGACACAUAUGACAUAUGGCUAGCUUCUCCCACCUGUUACCAGUCUUUGUGAUAAAAUAUUGGAAGCUACCUGGAAGCUAGCUCCAUAAAAUUGCAUGUUGAUAAAAGUGCAGUAUUGAUCUUUUAAUCCAUCUCUCAAACAGAAUGAAUAAGCAUAUUUCCCAAAAAUGUCUGAGGACUCCUGCAGAAAUAUCUAUCUGUUCCUUUGCAAACAUAGUAUUCGCACAUGAUGUUUAAGCUGCACAAACACACACACAAGCUCUAUGCGCCUGCUCAAAGACAAUUUCUACUGUUGCCUUUGAAAAUACUCAGUGCUUUCUCUCAGCUCCUCAGCCAGAGAGGAGCCCCUCGACCACCAGCAGGGCUCUCGAUUGUUUCUCAGCCCCCAGCCAGCAGCCUACAGACAGAUGCAUAAGGAGUUUAAUAGAGUGGAUCUAAUGAGAAAGCAGAGGAGAACGAUGGAGACUGUCAAUGCUAUGGAUCGGCUCCCCUCUCCACCUAGGUCAGACCUGGUGUAUUGAUAGAGGGCAGUGAGGCUUUGUAUUGGUUCCUUGAUCGCUUAGCUGAGGGCGGCAAAUGGGUCAAGCCAUGGAUAAACUUCAAUUAUAAAUCAAUGAUGUGAGCAUUUAUAAGACUAUUAGCUUAAUUUUUGUAAUACACUUUAAGGGGAGAAUGGCUUCUCGUCAUCAGGGAUGAACAAAAAACAACAACGAACUAACACAAUUCUUGUUGCCUUAUUUGUAAAAAUGUUGAGUUUUAAUGAAGAAUGAAAACUGAUCAUUUUCUGAUAAUAAGUAGAAAAUUCAUGUUGAAAUCACGCUGUACAGUCUUUUGUAAUGGAUUUUUUUUCAAUAAAUACAAUUUCACUCUA